UUUUACAGAAAGAGGAUAUGUGCCGGAAGUCAUACUUGACCUUAAGAACUGGGACUUUUUGUUUUGUUAUAUCUUAAAAGUAACCUAUGUGUUAUUUUUACUAUCAAACUUGUAUCCAUCAUACCCCAUUCUGGUUCAAAGUCUUUGCUGUCAAAGUCACUGACAAAAAACAAAUCUCAGCACAAGCUGCAAAAGUCUUAUCUUGGAUUGUCCAUCUAAAUCGCAUUUUAAAAUUCUAAAUGUACCUAUAAUUACCAAGAAAGUUGUACAUGAAAUGUUGACAAAUGCUUUGAAUGAAAAACUCCCUCAAACAUUUUUUUUUUUUUUUUUUUGCUGGAUGAUUCUUUCUACUGCAACAUUCUAGAGUUAUUCUUGAUUUUCUGUUCCUGCCUAACCAAGGAUUUCACAAACACAAAUGUGGUUGAGAACUCCUUAAAUUAGGGACACAUUAAAACAUGCAACCGUCGCAUAAAUAACUGGUUUGAGUCUUGGGAAACAGGACUUUUAUUAUGGAAUUUUUACCUGUGAACACACUAACCUGGGGUGAGGGGCGUGGCUAUCCUUGUGCUAGCUUGCAGGGCGGGAGCUUUUUUCUUUUUAACUAUUGCUGCUCUCACUUCCUGAAAUGAACGCUUCUCUCAUAUGUGGAAAUACCAGCAGAGUUUGAUCUGUGGACCUUUGUCACAGCAAUCCAAGGAAAGAGCAUUUAAUAUAGAAGUUUACAGGAAACCUGCAGCGGUGAAGCAUGUGGCAGUACCUGGGAAUUGCUUUGCUGAUUUCAGUUCAGAUAAAUCAAGCUCAGACCUGCGACUCGUUCAAACCUCUGACCAUUCUGCACUCGUUUGUCGGGACUAAUGUCAGAGUUCGGCUGUUGCUCUACACCAGGAUAGAUAGCGACUGUGGUGUCCUGCUGUCCCACACCAACCUGUCGGCACAUCCUCAAUUCAACUUCUCCAGACCCACUACCUUCGUUAUCCAUGGCUUUCGGCCCACUGGCUCUGCUCCUGCGUGGCUGAACAAAAUCAGAGAGCUGCUACUGGCCAGGAGCAACAUUAAUCUUGUGAUAGUGGACUGGAACCACGGCGCUGCUACCAUAAAUUACUGGACGGCAGUGGAGAACACCCAUAAAGUUGCAGAAAACCUUACAGCUUUCAUUAAUUUGACACUGGACCAUGGUGCCAAUUUAAGUUCCAUCCAUUUGAUCGGUGUCAGUCUUGGAGCUCAUAUAUCAGGUUUUGUUGGUGCUAACUUUCAUGGGAAGAUUGGGCGAAUAACAGGGCUUGAUGCUGCUGGACCUGAGUUCACUGGCACUUCACCAGAGAAACGGCUGGACCCAACAGAUGCCCAAUUUGUAGACGUGCUUCACACAGACAUGGAUUCCUUAGGCUUCAGAGAAACUUUAGGCCACAUUGACUUUUACGCUAAUGGAGGAGCAGAUCAGCCUAAUUGCCCAAAGACCAUCUUCUCUGGAGAAUCCUACUUUAAAUGUGAUCAUCAAAGAUCAGUGAACCUUUUCAUGGACACUAUAAAUGGAACCUGCUCCAGCUGGGCUUACCCCUGUCUCUCCUAUCGAGACUUUCUAGAUGGAAAAUGUUUAAAAUGUGACACUUUUGGCACUUUGGGGUGUCCUCUCUUUGGUUAUGAUUCCAUAAAGUGGAAAGAUUAUCUGCCACAACCAUCUUUAGCAAAAUAUUACUUCUCAACAAAUGGAGAGUCGCCAUACUGCAAGACAAACUUUAAGGUAGAUAUAACUGUCUGGAACACGGAAACAAAGAUGGGGUACAUUACUGUCAAACUGUAUGGCGACAAUGAAGAAGCAGUGGCCACCAUUAAGCAUAAAAGACCAGAAUUCAGGAAAUACAAAGAGACUGCACUAAUGGCUGGGUUUGAUCGACCCAUUUCAUCGUUGAAGAACAUGUCUCUCAUGUUCCACACUGGUAAAGUGCUCCAGCCCAAACACAAGCUCCGGAUCCUGAGAGUCCGUCUCACACCCCUGGAACCUGUAGAGAAGCCUCUGUGUCGAUAUGAUGUUCUUCUGGAAGAGAACAAAGAAGUCAGUUUCAAGCCUGUUCCAUGUGGAGAUGCUACGUUCUGACUGAGCUCCCAUCUUAGCUGAGGGAGAUCAGCGAAAUGCAAGAGAACAGAGAAAUGCAGGGCUCCACGUUCACAGGAGGAGACGCAAGCAGUUUACACAAAUGAGCCUUUAUUUCUGCAAAGUGAAUGUAUAUAGUGUAAAUACUUUUUUAGAGGAUACAAAUAUAUUGCAAAUAUACUCAGCAGUGACUUUACCUGCUCUCUCCAGUCCUCUUCUUAACACAAGUUCGGUUAAUCACAGAGGAAACACUUAUACUCAUAGAAUGAGGCAUUUUUGUUUGUUUUAAAAGGGUGGAUUUAAACUUAACUGCACUUAGCGUUUGCUGAUUCCCUGCAAAAAGUUCAAGGUUCAAAUCCCGACUGGGUCUCUCCAAGCACUCCUCCAACACUUCAAAACAUGCUUGAUGGGUAAACUGUAGAUUUAUAAAUGUUUUUCUCUCCUUUGCUUGAACACAGCUGGGAUAGGCUCCAGCAACUCCUGUACUCCAAUCAAGCCCAGAUCUUGAAUUGAUGAUCGAUAAUCAAAUUAAAUGAAGAUAUACGAGUAUGUGGUGCAGUCUUCAGUUUCCCCUAAUGCAAAUCAUCUCUUAACAUUUUCAUAGACUAAUAAUGUAACGGCUCAGACAGAAUGACGUGUGUUAACUGAGGAGCUGAGCGCCUAGUUGAUGUGUACAGUUGGUAAAUGUGUGUUUUAUUGCAGGAUGAUCUGCAGAAGUUCUG